GUGCAUGACGUUAACUGUUCCGGUUAUAUACCCGGGUUGACACUUUUUAGUUGUCUUUAUUACUUUCACUGGUUGUACUUGCUUACUUUUCUACCAACAAAAUGCCGUUAGAGUUUGAGCUGUGUCCCGGUCGUAUGAUCGGAGGGAACCAUCCGUGUUUCAUCAUAGCUGAGAUUGGACAGAACCACCAGGGAGACAUUGAGAUCGCAAAGAAAAUGAUAAAAAUGGCAAAGGACUGUGGUGCAGACUGUGCCAAAUUUCAGAAGAGUGAAUUAGAGUUUAAGUUCAACAAGAAAGCCUUGGCCCGCCCAUACACCUCCAAACACUCCUGGGGGGAAACCUACGGUGUGCACAAGCGCCAUCUGGAGUUCAGCCACGAUCAGUACAGGGAACUGCAAAAAUAUGCAGAAGAGGUGGGGAUCUACUUUACUGCAUCAGGAAUGGAUGAGAUGGCGGUGGAGUUUCUUCAUGAGCUUAAUGUGCCUUUCUUCAAAGUGGGUUCUGGAGACACCAAUAACUUCCCCUAUCUAGUUAAAACUGCCAAAAAAGGACGCCCCAUGGUGGUGUCCAGCGGGAUGCAGUCCAUGGAGACGAUGCAUCGGGUCUACAAGACGGUCAAAGAGCACAACAAAAACUUUGCCAUCCUGCAGUGUACCAGCGCCUAUCCUCUGGAAGCUGAAGAUGUCAACCUCCGAGUGAUUACGGAAUACCAGAAGGACUUUCCAGAUAUUCCCAUUGGGUAUUCAGGCCAUGAGUCUGGAGUCAGUAUAACAGUGGCGGCUGUGGCUCUGGGAGCAAAGGUUGUUGAGCGCCACAUAACCUUGGACAAGACGUGGAAAGGAAGUGACCACGAAGCAUCACUUGAGCCCGCUGAACUGGCUGAGCUGGUUCGCUCUAUCCGACUGGUGGAGAGGGCACUGGGAAGCGGAAUCAAGCGGAUGUUACCCUGUGAGAAGCCGUGCCACGACAAGCUGGGUAAGUCAGUGGUAGCCAAAGUAAAGAUCCCCAAAGGAACAGUUCUGACUGAGGACAUGUUGACAGUGAAGGUGGCAGAGCCCAUGGGCGUUGUAGCUGAGGACAUUUUCCAGUUGGUCGGAAAGACCGUCAAAGAUGACGUGGAAGAGGACGACAGCAUCGUGCCUGAGGUCGUCGAUUGUUAUGCCAAGAAGCCAAAGUACUGAAAAUGGAAGGGAAGACCGAAGUCACUAGAGAAAGUGUAGUUGAUUCAUUGAAGGUUAGUUCUGAAGGUGCUUAAUCUGAAACGUGGAUGAGAGUAAGGGUUAUUUUGCUUGGUGUUGCUGAAAGGCAUGGGUGAUCAGUAAUUUGUUACAUAAUUGGACAGUUCAUCAGAUGGUUUUAAUGUUAUCACGGCCCCUGCUUUAGUUCUCUUUAGCCAAAGAGUUUUUACAUUUUCUACAAGUGGUCUCACAUAAUGCACUUUCUGGCAAACACUUCUUUGUGCUACUGUUUUUGCCUACACUUGAGUGAUUAUAUAAAUGUUGAAUAUGCACUGCUGUGGCCCCAUCAUUUCAUCCCAUAGCAGUGAGGUCACGGAGCCUAUUUGCUCUUUGUGUACGACUUCAUUGACCAGCUGAGGUUGUCAACUUUUGCCAGAAAGAAGUUGUAUUUAUAUAGUUUCUUCAGAAAGAGGACAAUGAGACUAAUGGGGAGAGGGAAGCAAAACUAAAUCAGACACCUUACACGUUACACAUGCAUUUGCCCUUUUACCCAUUCUUGAUUCAUUUAUUUUAUUAAUUCUUUUUGGUGGGGGGUCAUGAAUUGGAAAUUCCUUAUUUUUGUUCCGGCACUUAUAACACACUGCACUUCUACUUUUCAGAUUAAAAAUGUUUAAAAAACAUGUAAAAACAUUUUGAUAUCUGUUGAGGUCUGUAAUGUAAUGGAAGAAUGAAAAAUUUUCAAAUUAAAAUUUUGCCUCAACA